AAUGGGGCAGGCAGGGAUGCCGAGCCCAGCAGUGCCACACUGAGUUCUGCAUUUCCCCCAGGAUGCUCAGGUAUGAUAUGUGUACCCACUUCUUCUGCAUUUGCUUCCUGUGAUGGGCAUCUGUAAGGGCACUUAAAAAUAAUGAGAAGUAAGGUUUUGAGGCACAGCUGUUUUUCUGGGGUAAAACAUAGCAUGUCCAGGGCAGACCGGAAUUUGAAGGAGACAUCUCCAGACGUACAAGUUGGAAAGAAAAGAAAAAAGGGCUCAGAACCGAGAAGGACCCUGCAGUUGUUGGUGUCUGGGAGAAGUAGCUGAGGUCUUUCUCUGGGAGUGGACCUGGGUGAGUCCCCACGUUGCUGCACACCGCUGUGGCUUUGUUUUUGGCUCUUUCAGGUGGGGAAGGUUUCAGGAUUCUUAAAAUACAAGGAGGGAAGGUUCUUGAGCACAAGCCAAGCAAAGGCAACGAAAGCUUUGCUUUUUGGUACUCUCUGCAAAGAGCACAGAGGUGGUGAAGCAUUUGCAUGGUGCCUCCUGGUGUUGCCUGUGUAACCCAGCAGGAACACACACUGCAGAAAAUGGACUCUUGCACCAGCUCAGUGUUUUGGCUGCACCUUUGUUUUUCUCCAAACCUGAGCUCAUCUGUGCUCUGAGUGUCUGCUGGUGAGCACAGAGCUGAAAUCAUGAUGUUCUGCAGCAGGAGGUGCUUUUUGCUGCCACAUUGUGAAAUUUGCUUGCAGAGGGUUUCCAGCAGCAUCCCCAGCCCUGCUGGUUGCCAUCAUUGGCAAGUGUAGGUAUGGAUGCAUGUAGAGCAGCCCAUCUUAGUCACUUUCUACUCAAUUAUUGUCCAUAAAAUGUCAGCUGGCGUUAGCUUGGGAAGGUCCUCCCCAGUUCUGUUUUGUCAUUUUCCCAUCUCUGGGCCCAGUGAGCAGGAAGAGAUUCCCAAGAAGAGUUUCCUGGUCUUGUACUGGAGCUCUUUGGUAUCCAAACGUGACCAGACACCAAGCUGUUGAAGGCCUCCAGGUGGAGGGGGUCAGCCUGGGGCAGCGUGGGCUGAAGCCUAAAUUUGCUGCAUGGUUUCUUCUGAUACCUCCUAAGCACAGAAAGCACUGCUGGCUGGCCUGAGGGUCCCAACCUCCACCAGUCCUGUAGCUGCAAGGGUGCAUCUCCAUCCCCAAACAUUGCGACACAAUUCUGGAGCCCAAGGGUCUCUCCCUUGCAGCUCUUUGUGAUGCUUUGGGUUACUUCUGUGGACCUUUGAGGUGCUGUUUCAAAUCUUUGUGUACACAGAAAUGGGCAAUGAGCAGCAGUUGGUUUAAGUUAAUUUUGGCUUAUCUCAGCUUCUUGCAUGUGGGUCCAGCAGCCGGGGCUGUAAAUCUGGGCAUGGACAGAUCUUUUUGCCUGCCCAUGUAGUUGAGGUGGUUGAGCCUCUGCUAUCACUUAUUUUUUCAUUUCCACCUAGUCUUAUAGGCUUCAAGGAAAACAGAACGAGAAGAAGCUCAGAGGCACUGAGGUGGCAUCUGAUUCUACAUAUCACCAUUUCCACGGUUUCUCCCACAGCCCAGCCCUUCACCUGAUGGAGUUACCUGCUGCUGUCGGGGUGCUUUGGCUGGGAAAUCAGGAGGGGAGAUCUGCGUGGUGCUGCCUGAUUCACCUUGCCUGUCUCUGCCAGAGCCCCGAAGGAUUUUGCUGAUGGCUUUGCUCGGAAACCUUAUCUGCUGUCAUCAGGAUCCAUAUAAAAGGGACUUUGGACAUUCUGUAUUAAAUAAGCAGCAUUAUGCAAAAGGCUUCAGACCUGCGUUCCCUUCUCGCAGUUGGGAUCCCAAGCUUUGGUGAACAUCUUGAGUCUGGACAAACAGCAAACUCCCACUGAGAGCUGAUCCUUGUUCCAGGCCCCUGCUAUAGACACCAGCUGUGCAAAACACAGCACAAACAGGUUUGAAAGGAAGUUUCCAUUCUCUGAAUGCCAAAGUCUGUGGUGUGUCACUGCUUCGGGAUACCUGCUGUGGCUUCCCCGGCAUUAUUCCCAAAUAAUGCGGUGUUGAUGCUGCUGCUUUCAGUGUCUGCAGUGUCUGCCAGGUUUCAGAGUGGCACAACGCAUUCCAGCCUAAGGAAGAGAAGCCUGGGCAACGCCGUGCAUUUUUUGGGGGAAAGGAAAUGUCACUCUAUUCAUUCCCUGUCCAUCCUUCUGACAGUGCCCUGCGGAGGCAAGCAGAAACUCAUGGAAUUGUGCAGCAGGUCUGACCUGUCCCCUGCUAUGUGCAUGCAGCUCCAGUCAGUCGGUAUCUUCUGGGCUCGUUUUGCUGCCUUCCUGUUGUUUAAAUUCAUCAAAAUUAGGGCAAGUUCUGAGACAGACUUUUGGGGAUAGUGAAAGCCCAAGCCUAAUCCAGCAGACAGAGACACCAGCCAGCAGUAUUUUGCAAGAACAAAUCAGUGGGCUUUCACCCCAAAUGUGAGGCCGCUUUCCAUACAAAUUGAGGUUUUAAUUGCAAUGCAAAUGAGCUGCCUUUUGGCUCUCAUGCUGAUUCUCUUGGCCGAAACUCAGCUGGCUGUGCAAAAACAAGGCGGCAAGGUUGCUGUCCUGAUGAUGAUGUUGGACAGAAAAGCAGAUACCCUUUAGGGGUUUCUUUUCUCUGCCCAACACUUGCAACAUUACCUCAAAGAGAGAUUUUUAAUUGGAAUUUUUAACAGAUGGAGCAUUUUCUGUCCGUUAGGCUUGGGAAUGUUGUGGUAAAUUCUUGGUGGGGAUAAAUGGCUUCCCGGCUUGCCUCAGACGCUGCGCACCUAUGGGUUACCAAAAUGAGUUGUUGCAAGGAGGGGUUUGGAUGAAUGUCUACCACAUGCCAAUGAGAUGAGUCAGAAUGAGAAUUGAGAGAAGGAAAACAAAGGGGAAGAACAGACAAAUAAGCACUCUAUUUAGUUAGUCUCUCUCUUUUGUGGUCUGCUCAAAUUUGUAUUCGCAUUGGAGGAGCAUCUAGAAAGCAAGGACAGAUGGAAGUCCUCAGUGUCCCACCAGUACCUUUGCUUGUGUCUCCUCCAUCGACUUUCCUGAGCGCCGACACUGGAAGAUAAGGAUGGAAGGAUUCAGGUUCAGGCGGUUCAUGAAGACGAUUGUGGCUCCUGUGGAUUUGUAAGAGAAGAGCUGGAAGUCUCUGUCACAGGCUGCCUAAAGAAGCUGUGGCUUCCCCAUCCCUGAAUGUGCUUAAGACCCAUCCUCAUGCACUGAGGAUGCCCACCACAGGGGAUUGUCACUGGGUGGGCUUUAAGGUCCCUUGCAACCCAAGCAAUUCUAUGGUUCUAUAAGACAAGCACACCAUCACUAUACCAGCUCUUGAAAAGUCAGUCUCACAGUGAAGAGCCAAUACAUCACCUUUGGAAAGAGUUCAUGUUCUGCCAAUGCCCCGCCUAUUCCCAUGGCAUCCUGCCUUGCAGGCUGUUUGCCACCAACAGCAGGGCCAGCACGUUCCAUUGGUAUCACAGCAAGGAGAUAACGUAUCAAGAAAUCUUACUUCUCCCCACCAGCCAGCCUGAAAUCUGCUGAGACUUAGCAAAAUACUGGAGGGAACCUUGAAUCCAUGACUCAGGUUGCUCACUGAGAUAUUAACCCUUUGGAUUAGGAGUAUGAUAGAAACAGGGAUAAAAGUGGAAAACAGCAUCUGCUUUGAUGUUUGGAAGCUGAGUAGGAUGGAAAAGGUAUGUGGUUCCAUCCUUAAAUUCCCCAGUUAGUUGUAGGACCCUAGAAGGCCUUAGAAGAGUAUAUCCCUGUAUUUGAGCUCAUCCAGUGAAGUCUGUCAAACAAACAUUGGGAGCAAUCUUCCACAGGGACUGGGGAUCACAGCAGGAUCCUGCAGGCAGCUCAGGCAGUGAUGAGGCAAAGAGGAGGGAACAGGCCUGCUGCUAAGUUCCUGGUGCACUAGAGGUGAUCUAUGCAAUCCUAAAAAGGUUGUGUUGAAGAGACAGACACUGUUCAUAACUUAAAUGAAUGGAAAAACUCUGCCUGCUUUCGCAGUAAAAGUUAUUGAUCUGUUUCCCCUUAUCUUGCAUGGAGCCUGACUCACAGGGCUAUAACAGCAAUAAUUUUCAAGCUGGACUUUUCAGCAGGUUUCAAGCAGGAAGAUGUUCCUCCAACCCCUGGGACACGUGAGAGACCACAGGUACAGAGACAGAAUUGAGCAUACCAAAGCCUCACAGCACCCAGAACACCAAAACCCUUGGAGGCUGCGCUGCAAGGGCCAUGUGUAGACAGAGGAAUAGACACCCCUACUCCAGCCUGGAGAUUGUCCUCAUCACUCUCCUGGUGCUGAUGACAGCGGUGACCGUGGCACUCCUCGUCCUCCACUUUGUCACUGGGGAGAGCAGCAAUGAUUAUGAUAAACCAUCGCCAACCCAGAAACCACCAACAACUGAUGGCUCUGGAAACUACUUACUGGGUGUAGGUCGGGCAGACUGCACAGGGCCUGUAGCAGAAAUUCCUCUGAUGGGCUAUGCCAAUCCAGACCAGGUGGGUGGCGGACUUCUCACACGCCUCUACAGCCGAGCCUUCAUCGUGGCUGAGCCCAAUGACUCCAGGAGAGUGGUGUUUGUCAGCACUGACAUAGGGAUGAUGUCCCAGAGGCUGAGGCUGGAGGUGUUGAAGGAACUGAAGAUCAAGUAUGGCGAGCUGUACAGAAGGGACAACGUCAUCCUGAGUGGCACCCACACGCACUCAGGGCCUGGUGGUUACUUCCAGUACACACUCUUCUGGAUCACUAGCAGAGGGUUGAUCAAACCAAACCUCAAUGCUAUAGUGAAUGGCAUUGUAAAGAGCAUUGAUAUAGCACAUCAGAACAUGAAGAGAGGAAGGCUUUUUUUAAACAGAGGCAUGGUAGAAAACAGUCAAAUCAACCGCAGCCCUUACUCGUAUCUCCAGAAUCCAGCAUCUGAACGUAGCAGGUACUCAACCAACACAGAUAAAGAAAUGGUGAUGCUGAAGAUGGUAGAUGAGAAUGGACACGACCUAGGACUCAUCAGCUGGUUUGCUGUGCAUCCUGUCAGCAUGAACAACACCAACCAUCUUGUCAACAGCGACAACAUAGGCUAUGCAUCUCUCCUGUUUGAGCAGGAGAAGAACAAGGGUGUGCUUCCUGGAGAGGGCUCUUUUGUUGCUGCCUUUGCAUCCUCCAACCUGGGGGAUGUGUCUCCCAACACCAAAGGUCCAUUCUGCAUAAACACAGGGGAAUCGUGUGAUAACCCACAGAGCACCUGUCCUGUUGGGGGGGCAUCAAUGUGCAUGGCCAUGGGACCUGGCACUGACAUGUUCGACAGCACAAGAAUUAUUGCACAAAAUAUCUACUUGAAAGCAAAGGAGCUGUACAUCAGUGCUACCCAGGAGCUCACUGGGCCGCUGCUCUCCGCUCACCAGUGGGUCAACAUGAGUGAUGUCCAGGUGCAGCUCAAUGCCACACACAUGGUUAAAACAUGCAAACCAGCCUUGGGACAUAGUUUUGCUGCAGGGACCAUAGAUGGAGUGGGGGCUUUCAACUUCACACAAGGCUCAGUAGAAGGGGACCCAUUUUGGGACAACAUCCGGGACCAGCUCCUGGGAGAGCCAUCCAAUGAAACAAAGGCUUGCCACCAACCAAAGCCAGUCCUCUUUAGCACCGGGGAGAUGACUUGGCCUCACCCCUGGCACCCUGACAUCGUAGAUGUUCAGAUUGCUACUAUUGGGUCAUUGGCAAUUGUUGCUGUUCCUGGAGAGUUCACGACCAUGUCGGGACGCAGGCUGCGGGAAGCUGUUAAAAGCGAAUUUGGCUCUCACGGUACAGUAGGAAUGGAUGUUGUAAUUGCGGGUCUGUGUAAUGUCUACACGCAUUACAUUACCACCUAUGAAGAAUACCAGGUUCAACGAUACGAGGCGGCAUCGACUAUUUAUGGACCACACACCCUUUCUGCUUACAUCCAGUUGUACAGAGGAAUUGCAAGGGCUAUUGCUACGAACACAGUGCAGGACUUGCCAAGUGGCCCUGAGCCCCCACUUUUCAAUGUAACCAGCCUGACCUUGGUGCCUGCUGUCACUCCCGAUAGAGCACCAGUGAAUAAGACAUUUGGGGAUGUGCUUCAAGAAGUGAACGUACAGUAUCGAGUGGGAGAAGUUGCUGCAGUAACUUUUGUAGGUGCAAACCCCAGGAACUCUGCAGAGAACACGACUGAACACAACUUCCUGACCGUGGAGAGAUACAUGAAUGUUACAGGGAGCUGGCAGGUGGUACAGAACGAUGCCUCUUGGGACACCAGGUCUGUGUCCCUAACACUGCUUCGCAGUCUCUGCAUGGGCUUUGAGUUUAAUCCAACCUUAGGUUGGUCUUGUUCCUUCAGACAGUGCUCUUUGGGAAUACAUCAGUCCACAUUCGUUUGGUUAACGUGUCCAGAACAAAACAUUCAGCCUUCCCCUUGGUAUAUCUUCUGCAAUGAAAGCUUAUAAAUUUGAGAGUGGUAUACUGAAGAGUAAGAAUUGGAGCAGGAUCAGUGUUCAAUUUGUUCACAGCCUACAUCCAUCCAUCCAUCCAUCUUUAGUAUUGUGCUAAUGGAUAGGAUACCAAAUAAGAGGCCCAGACAACAGUAAGGCUUUUAUAGGAGAAGACUGUCUGGUUUGUUGUACAUCAUAGAGCAGAAACAGAUAUCAAUUUUAAAAGUCUAUAAGAAAAGAAAAUCAAGGUUGGAGAUGUCAAUCAUGAGGAAAAACAGCCAUUAUGCAGCAAAGUUGAUGUCACCUUUCAAAGCUAUCCUAGAAGCCAGUAUACAAAGUACAAAUGUCAAGGGAGUCUUUGGUCAAACUUUUCAUUUUGAAGUUACUCUCCUGCUACAAUAAACCGAGGCAUUUGCCAGUCUUCCCCUGCACCUCUAAGAACACACACACCAACCAAUAAGAAAGUGGAAAACAUCCAUAUUGAGAUCUUCUGGCAUUGCGACAUCCUACCGCAUAUAACGUCAGGCAUCGGAGAGAGUGUUCUAAUUUACUUGGGACUUGCUGGGCUCUGUCUUGGUGUUCACAACAGUGGAGCAUCAGACCAGACCCCACAUCUGCAGUGUGGGCAGUUAUCGCUGCCCUGGCACUGCUCAGGAGGAUGGGCAGCAAUUUGCCUGGCCCUGCCUUUUGUUGAAGGCAGAAAACAGAGAUAAAUGGUGGCCAGAUCGCCACGAGCUCAUCUGCCCAAAGUUCUUCCCAGGUGAGAUCUAGGCUGAAUUCUAGUUCCUGGGUCCCAAGGGACAGAGAGAGGAUGGUGGCACAGGUCCAUCAGCACAGGUCCAUCACAGCAGCGUUUUGUGGUCACAGCAUUACACACAGCCUAACACUUUCUAAAAAUUUGUCAACCCUGUAGAGCUUGGGAUUGGCUUGCUGGUUGCUGCUCUGAUAGCCUAAAUAUAUGAGCAAAAGGGUAAUAGUAGCUCUUAAAAUAUACUUAGCUGGAACACAUUCAUCUUAUGUUAAAACAAAUGUAUUUUCUUGCUGACUCCAGUUCGGUCUUGCCCUCUAGGUUUUACUGGACCAAAGGGUCGUCUGGCCAGAGCAAUGUGACAAUUGAAUGGCACAUCCCUAGCAGCACAGAGCCUGGCAUCUACAGGAUCCAGUACUU